UUUUGACAAACGUCCUCCUCCUUCGACCCCACAGGCGUCGUUUUUUAAAACAUGUUGAGUGAAAGUUGAAAGAGUCCCUCCGUGGAGCCUAAGGAAUGCUCGGCAAAGACAACACGUACCAAGAGUUCAACGAUGACGACGACGUUAGGCGUUCUCCAGACUUCUUUGGGGACCCGAUUGAAGACGACCAGGAUCCUGACGACAGCGUUUCACCGGAGGACGAGGCGAGGGGCAGCCCGUCGUCCAUCAUGGUGAGCAAGACCUGCCUGAAGAACGUCUUCACGGUGGUGCUCAUCUUCAUCUACCUGCUCCUGACGGCCGUGGCCGCCUUCCUGGCCUACCAGACCAUCUCCGACUUCCUGGAGAAGCUCAACCACCCGGUCAUGUCCGUCACCUACAAGGAGGUGGACGUCUUCUCGCCGCCAGGUAUCGCUCUGUACCCGGGCAACGCGCAGCUGCUGAGCUGUCGCCACCACGACCAUGACCGCAUCCCGCCUCUGGUGGACCCCGGCAAGCCCCAAGCGGGGGACUGCGUCAUCAAGGAGGUGACCUACUUGGGACCCUUCACCAAUGGAACACAGAAGAAGGCGCUGGUGGUCCGUGGCCCCUCGGACGUCAGGAACAAGGAGUUGAUCUUCAUGCAGUUUAGUCAGAACGAAACAGAGGAGGACUUCAGCGCCAUCACCUACAUGCUGUUCGCCAACUUUAGCGACCUUGCAGACAGUCGGAAUAAAUCCCAGUUCAUGAGGGACUGUGAGAGGAAUUACUCCAUGUGGACCUUUUCCGGGGGAUUCCGAACCUGGGUCAAGAUGUCUUUAGUCAGGACUUCGGGGAAGAGCAAUGAAUCUGUGGAGUUUCGCCAAGAGUCGGCUGUGGUCAAAUUCAACGACAAGAGGCCCGAACCCGAGAGAAGCAACCAGCUCUUCUUUGCGGUUUUUGAGUGGCGGGAUCCUUUCAUGCAAGAAAUUCGACUGAUCGUGACCGCAAACGCAUGGAGCUCGGUGGCCAUUCUGUGUGGGGUUUUUAUGGCCUUCUUCAAGGCGGCCAACUUUGCCAAACUCAGCGUCCAGUGGAUCAUCAGGAUGCGCAAGAGGCACCAGAGGCACAAAGCCAGGGAGCUGAGUCCCAUCACGGAGGAGAGUCCACCCAAGUGAUUGUGUUACGCUCAUCCAGACCACUAUUUUUUAUAAAAAGGGGGGGGGGGGGGGACACUCAGGCAAUAAUUGUGUGAAUGCUCCAAAACAUUCACACAUGGUUUUCUACACCAAAAUUCUUCCAUUUAUUCUUCUUCUUCUCCAAAUUUUGGCCCGUUCUACCUUGCACAUUUUUCACCCGAUUCAAGCCGUUCCAACUUCAAACUGUUCAGCCUAUUCGGGAAUCGCGAGCUUUCCCUUGACAAAUUCCAAAAAUUCCCAGAUUUCCCAGAAUUCCAGGUUUUCCGGGACAUUUUUCCCCUUCAAAAUGAAUUUGCCAUUUUUCAAACUUCCACCAUUUCCACAUUUUUCAACCGAUUCCAACCGUUCCACGUUCAACAUAUUCCACUCAUCCUGGAAAUUCAAACUAUCAUUUUUACAAGUUCAAAUAAAUUCCAGGAAUUCCCAGUUUUCCACACCCUAUUUUCACCCUUUUUUUAUGUCGACUACUCCUCCCACAUUUUUCAACCCACUUCAACCGUCAAAACAUUCCUCUUAGUCAGGACAAAAAAAGUUGUUUUUUAAACUGGAAAAAUUCCCGGUUUUCCCGAAAUUCCAGGAAUUCCGUAAUACCAUUACUCAAUAAAAAAUGUUACUACUUCAACAUUUCUGGGCUGAAUUGAAAAAUUCCAACACCAACCAUUUCAACUCA